UCUCCUCCAUAAUGAUUUACACCAUUACUAAGAAGAGAGAGCUCGAACCCUCUAACGAUGAGGAACAAAUUGAAACCAAUGAUCAGGUUAAUCAAGCAAACGGCGAUCCAGGUGAGGACGAGCCGAUUCAGGAUCUAUUGGAACCGUUCUCGAAGGAACAGCUUCUAGAUCUCCUCAAACAAGCGGCGAAUAACCACCCCGACGUCGCGAAUCGAAUCCGCGAAGUAGCAGACGAAGACCCAUCUCACCGCAAGAUCUUCGUCCACGGACUCGGGUGGGACACCACAACUGAAACCCUAAUCGAAGCUUUCAAUCAACACGGAGAGAUCGAAGUCCAAAGGCUACGGCUUUAUUCUGUUUAAGUCGAGAUCAGGCGCUCGCAACGCGCUUAAGCAGCCUCAGAAGAAGAUUGGGAGCCGUAUGACGUCGUGUCAGUUUGCUUGUAAAGGACCCGUGGUUGAGGGUUUGAGUGUGGAGCAUACUCAGAGGAAGAUUUAUGUUAGUAAUGUUGGAGCGGAGCUUGAUCCGGAGAGGCUGCUGGCGUUUUUCUCGAGGUUUGGUGAGGUUGAGGAAGGUCCGUUGGGUCACGAUAAGUUUACUGGGAGGCAUAAAGGGUUUUGUCUUUUUGUGUAUAAGAGUGGUGAGAGUGCCAAGAGGGCUUUGUAGGAGCCGCAUAAGACGUUUGAGGGGCAUGUUUUGCAUUGUCAGAAGGCUGUAGAUGGUCCCAAACAGGGGAAGCAGCAGCAGUUUGACACUCCCAGUCACAACAAUCCUCGUUACGGUGCACCUGGUGGUUUUGUGGCUGGUAACCAAGCUGGGAUGGGUGCUCCAGCGCAAGGGGUGGACCCAGCUAUUGGACAGGCUUUGACUGCUUUGUUAGUGUCGCAGGGAGCUGGUUUGGGGUUUAAUCCGGCACUUGGUCAGGCUUGGUUGGGAUCAUUUGGUACUCACAGUAUGUCACCUGGUGCAAUACCUAACUAUCAGACUCCACCACUUGGCCAGGGCGGUAAAGGCAGAGGGCAACAUGGUUUUGGACAAUACUCUCCUUACAUGAGCCACUAGAUGUAUCAUGUGCCCCCUCAGGUAUAGCAAUGAAUGUCGUCUCCUUAGUAUAUACUUUACAUGGAACCGACACAGGAACUUUCUGUGUCUUAAUCUACACGUUUUGCUUCCUGCCCGGUGUGUGUUUGCAUCAGUUACAUGAUAAGAGACGUUACUUUUGCAAUUUUCUUUGUAACGGCUUUGUUACUUUUAACUGUUUUUCUGAAGGGUUUUCUGUUUUCGGCUGAUUGAGAUUUGUGAAAAGGUUUUUCUUAUUUUCCUUCAACUGAUUGUGCAGAUAUCCGAAAACAGUGUUUUAAUAUUGGCUUGGUGAUUCUUCUGAAGUUUAUUAAGGAGCUGAUGCAAUUGAAGUCUUUAUGAAAAGUUUACUCUUUGGUUGCUCAUAAGGCCAAACUCAUAAAAGUUUUUAUUUUCACCAACUAUCUUUUAUGCCAUUCCUAAAAACUUUGUAGUAUUUUCAGAUUUAAUAUCUAUAUUUUUCAAUUUUCUGAAACAUCUCUAUAGAACUUUCAUUUGUAAAACUUAAUAUCACAACUAUUCUCUUGUCUUAUCAAAUUCUAGUUUUUCCCAAUUUUAUAAAUAAGUUCUUUUCGACCUCUCUGCUUUACGGUUUCAUGGUUUUGCGUUCUAAGGGAUAACACGGGUAUGCUCAGGUGGUUCGGAGCCAAGCCCCUCUUUCCUAUCCAGUCUGGAGCCAACUGCUGCUCUUGUAUUGGCAAUGCCUCAGGUUGUCUCCGAGAGGUCUGGCUCGGAGUGAUUCCAAGGUCCUCAUGCAAGCUGUUAAAGAUCCCACCAACCACAUGGGCAAGACGUACAUAAGAGAUAUUCCGGAGCCAUGGAGAACUUUGGAGUCUCAGUUUAAAUCUGUAGAAGACAAGAAGUUAAAGAAUCUUACUGCUGAUCUUGUUGUCAAAACAGCCAUAUAUCUUUGCGCUAUUAAAUUUUUGUAUCCCAUCUUGGCCAGUGAUUGAAACUUGAAAGGGAAAGAAACUAUGUUCGUUCUCCGUUGAAUCCUAUAUACUUCAAAAUCUGUCUCCAGUGGCAGUUUCACAACACUUUUGAGCUGUGUUUUCUGCAGACUACAUGUGAAUGUUUGCAGUUACAUCUUUACAUAUCUAGAAUGUGCUUUCCAAGUUUUAGUUUACUGAAAGAUGAAUCCAACUUUGAUAACUAUUUAGAUGCCUAAAUAGGAAAACUAAAAGCUGAAUUGAUUGAAGUCUAACUAGCACAUGUAGACUAUGUAGCGUAGUGUAUAUUUCGAGGGAAUAAACUCGAAAUCUUCAUCAAAUUAACCUAACCACUAAUCACAAUUAUUAUUAAAAUAAACUAAUCUUUGAAAGUAAACAGUAUCGAAGUGACACUUCCUCAAUCAAAAGGUUUCCUCUCACUUCCUCUCCUGCGCGAAACAAAAGAAAAAAAAAAAGAGAGAGAGAGAGAGAGAGAGAGAGAGAGAGAGAGAGAGAGAGAGAGAGAGAGAGAGAGAGAGAGAGAGAGAGAGAGAGAGUCACACACAAACACACAGAGAGUUUAGGUCUGCUUUGUAAAAUCUCUCUAUCUCUCUAUCUGCACUUAAUCAUUUCUCUUUUCUCUCCCACUCACCACUUAAAGAAAUAAAAACCCAAAUCUUUCUUCCAUAGAUCUGAUCCUCUUUAAGCUCAAAUUCGUUCAACCCUUGUCCAAAGAUCCUACCUUUUCCACUAAUCUCUUCCUCCUCGCAAGAUUCUGCAUCUGCAUUCGCUAGCCACCCGAUGCUGCAUGCAGUUCCCAAGACCCUUUUAAAUUGCAUGCUCCACAACUCGACCUCAGUAAAAAAGGGUUACUUUCCCCUCCUCGAUUUGAAAUUUGAGAUUAAAAGUUUCAAUCUUUUAGGUUGUUAAUGGAUUCUCAGAGGGAACCCAAAUCUCAUUCCUUGAAUAGGCAAGGCUCCUCUCUUUACAGCUUAACUCUCGACGAGGUCCAAACCCAUUUAGGUGGCUCCGGUAAAGCCCUCGGAAGCAUGAACCUUGAUGAGCUUCUCAAGAGCGUCUGUUCCGUGGAUUCGAACGGUGACACUACUCAGGAGGGUGGUGGUGGUCUCUCUCGUCAGGGGAGUUUGACUCUGCCUCGGGAUCUCAGCAAGAAGACUGUCGAGGAAGUCUGGAAAGACAUUCAGCAAAACACUAAUGGAGGUAGUAAUAAUGCUCAUAAGGAGCCUACGCUUGGUGAAAUGACGCUUGAGGAUUUGUUAUUGAAAGCAGGAGUUGUGACUGAGACGGUUACUGGUUUAGGACAGAACAUACCUCAGGCUGGUCCGUGGGUUCAGUACCAUCAGCUGCCGUCGAUGCUGCAGGGGCAGUCUUUUAUGCCGUAUCCGGUGGCUGACAUGCAAGCGAUGGUGUCUCAGACGUCUCUGAUGGGGGGUUUGUAUGAUACGCAGACUCCGGGGAGGAAGAGGGUGGCUUCAGGGGAGGUUGUGGAGAAGACUGUUGAGAGGAAGCAGAAGAGGAUGAUCAAGAAUAGAGAGUCUGCUGCUCGUUCUCGUGCUAGGAAACAGGCUUACACUCAGGAGCUAGAGAUCAAAGUUUCACGGUUAGAAGAAGAAAACGAAAGACUAAGGAGGCAAAAGGAGGUAGAGAAGAUACUACCAAGUGCACCACCGCCAGAUCCCAAGCGGCAACUCAGACGAACAAGCUCAGCUCCUUUCUGAUCUCAAAACUAUGUUUUUGUUUUUGUGCCGGUUUGCUUAUAAAAAAAGAGAGAGGAAAACAGCUUUUGUUUGUUUGUUUGUACAUUCGGUAGACUUUUUUUGUCUUAGAGCAAUUCUGUUAAACUUUUUUUAAAAACAUUUAAGAGUUAUUUUUAGUAGCAACAACAAUCUUUUUUCUUGAGUGUGUUGAUUAUCAAAUUAAGAUGUUGAGCAGAAGAAGAUUACAACAAUAGACACAGUCUGUAACAUGGAUCACACAGGAAGGAAAACUGUUUGAAGAUGGAUCAUACAGCUAACUUUCAUCAUAAGAACUUGUUUACUAUAUAUGUUCAGCAAUAGCCAAGCUUGAUGUUAAACUAGGCUACUCUUUGACAAAUGCUUUCAUAACAAAACCCAAUGCCAUAAGGAACCUGUAUUACAUACCUGUAUGACAAAAUCAUGGGAUUUAAUAUACUGAGGUUGUGUUGUUAUUGAGUUCAAUUACUUGAACUGUUUAAGGCUAGGUCUUUGUUUAUCAGCUUGUAGUAGGAACCAAACACAUUGAUUGUCUCUUAAAUAAAACUUUAUUUUCUUUAGAUGUUUCAUUGGAUGUGCUCAAACAGUGUGUGUCUAGGAAGUAGCUACAAUGAAGAUUCUUGCUAAUAAUGCUCACUGCUAAUCUCAUUAUUUCUUAGAACCCUUGUCCCAGACAGAACAUGAACCAGCUACUAAUUCAUGGUUAAGUCAGAGUAGAUUAUAUCUAAGCCAUGAUUCAUUGUAUUAAAGAGUAGUAAGGUCCUUGAGUUUCUAAGUGUUUCAGAUUCUUAUGUAAGUUUUUUCUUCUGCACACUUCUGCUUAUCGAUUCUUGUGUCUUAAAGAUCUUAUGAUUAAAUUCAUCUUUCUAGUAUCUAUUUUUAACUGUGUCUUUUGCAUUCUCCAGGAGAAUGGCAUGUACAACAAACAUGAGCUCGGUUGGUGGGGGCAGAUUAGAUCCACCAUCCGGUUCUUCAAAUGAUAAAAGCUAUAGACGUCCGAGACUAAUCAAAGCCAUACAAGAUCUCAGAACUAAGCUUCUGGUGAAAUUCAGGAGAUAAAGAAAGAUCUCCCAAGAAGCUGCUCUUUCUCUUGGUGGGAUUCUACUCUGCAACUGCUUUCUCUACGUUUAUAGGACAAACAGGAGACUGGGAUGUUCUAUCUGCUGUGUUGGCUGUCAUUGUAGUUUGUAAUAGCAUUGAUUCUCUGAAACAUUGUUUCCCAUUGCUCUGUUUUUUUAAUAAUCUGUUGAGAAGUUAACAAAGAUAUGAUUUUUAUGAACUCUAUGUGCGCACAAAUCACUUAGCUUAAAGUAUCUACAUAGUUCUGAAAAUCAAUGCCAAAAGAGCAAACAAAGGCAGAAACAAGACGGAACAUUUGUGUUCUUCUUCAAAACUGUUCCAAACCCAGACGACGAUGCUUUUGAAAUCUCUGACAAGAACCAGAAAGAAAAACCCAAGACGAGUAUAUUGAACGAACCGAAGAAGAAGACAGUGUUGACUCGACGUCGUUUUUGAGUGUCUAAUAGAUAGUGUCUUUUUUAAGUCCCACAUCGGUAAGCCAAAGCAAGAGGGAUGUAAGCUUUGUACUAUAUAAAGAAGCCGAGUCAAACUUAACAAUUCAUACCUUUCUCGGUUUUUUGGCUAAGAUCAAGUGUAGUAUCUGUUUUUAUCAGUUUAAUAUCUGAUAUGUAGGCCAUCGGUCCACACGAUAUUAACUCUAUUUUUUAGGGAGAAAACCCACUAAGAUAGCUUGCUAUCUGGACUUUCAAUAGUCGUCCAUGCGUUGCACUGCUGCAUGGACCUGGCUCAACCCAUCAUUAUUUAAGUCCAAUUUUUUAAAUUUAAACCAAUCCAAUUGACAUAGGGCUGUAUGGCACGGGUAAUGUUUUGUUAGACUUUUAGCCCAAAUGUGACAAAAAAAAAGACUUUUAGCCCACGUAACUGUUUCUUUUAUCAGUUUGGUCCGAAUUAUAUCUAAUUUUGCUAACUAAAUUUUUUUUUUUUUUUUUGAUAACUCUGGUAUCUGGGUAGUCACAUUCCCAACUAUCCCCCCGAAAGGGGUCCAGCGCCCCAACGGAAGAGAUGUUAAAUCCGUUGUGACCAAGACUCGAACCCGGAUGGCGGGCAGUACAGCUGUACCUCCUUUACCACCAAGCUACGAGCGCUUGGUUUGCUAACUAAAUUGUGGGUUUGAGAAGUGAAUUAUCUCGACAGGUGUUGAUUAUAGAUCAGUAUCAUCUGUUAGAACCAGUUUACAAUCAAACCAAGGAUGCAUUUAUGUGAUAUGACCAAAAUAUAUAUGUAUUUUCUCUUUUAACAAAAGAAAACGUAGAAAACCACAAAAAAAGGGGGAAAAAAUUAUGUCUAAUAGCUAGACGUCAAAAUAUGUCUAAUGGUAUAUAUUGUAAUAGUAAAAGCAUUUUUAUUUCAGUUUUUGGCAUGUGCCAAUGGACCAACCUUUAGUAAGAAAAAACCGUAAUGUAUGUUUUGGCUUUCUUCCUGGUUUAGAAGCUCAUUUUGUGGUUGUCUCAUUCAACUUAUUCUUCCUCUUGUUCACUUUGAUUCCUUACUUCAUCAUGAUCAUUAUUCUUAAACUGUCUCUUUUUUUCUACUAUGUUUAUAAAGCAUCCACCAAAGCGAGUAAAUUCAAGUUCUUCCCUACAAAAAUCAUAUUUGGAGUCAAGUUGAGAGACAAAGUGAAAAAAAAUAUAUAUUUGUUUUAAGACUCAAAAAUAAAAGAGAAAACUUGCCCUUGAUUCCUUGGUCCUUACUCUUGAACUUUCUCUUUCUCUACAAUGUAUUAUUAAGCAUCAACCAAAGUUAGCAAAUCUAACUAAAAUUUGCAUUGUUUAUGGGGGGAAAUCAGACAUGUCUUUUUCUUCUAAAACUUGCCUUUGGUCUUGGGUAAAUUUUCGGUAAGCUCUAUACUUCUCAUCAUCUUGGGUCGACCUUGGUUAGACGCCGAGUGAUUUUCCCAAAUACCUGGGUUGACAACCAAUAACAGUUUUUGAUAAAGAGGGUUUGUGAUACAAGCAAGAGAGAGGAGGCAAGCAAGCAAAGGAUGCUUAAUUCCAUUUCAUUCAUUAAUAUUUAUUGCAUACUGUGCAGAAAAUACUACCAGGUUCAACUUUGAACUUCUCCUCCUCCUGAACUUUCUUGACCAUUAUUGCAUAUGUGAUGGGAAAAAAACAAAACAUAGUUCAUAUGCACAAAACAUGAGAGAGCGACAGAGAGACAUAGGACAACAACCUUGCAGGAAGCCUUCACAGCCUCAAAUUUUAACAGUGUACUCAGGAGAAUCUUUAAAUAUAUAAAAAUGUUGUAUUCAUUCAAUUUAUACAAUGCUGUGAGGAAGUUGUUGAUAUCUUAACACGUACAAACCUUAAAGUGAUGAUUUAGAUAGAGGGAUAAGUUUUACUAGCAAGGUUAACUUGAUGACAGAAAACCUGUCAGGUUUAAAUUCGAAUUUUGCUCAGUCAAAUCUCUAUUGACGGCAGUUAACUGAACAAUAAAGUAUCAACAGAAAGGGGUCUACAAUACUAACUAAUCAAGUUGCUUUUAUAUUAUUGAACUUGUAUGCUUUUCCUACUCGUCACUCUUAAAUAGAAAAUGAAGGAACCGAUAGGAUACAAAACCACAAAACCCCAAAACCACAAAGGCAAUAUGAGAUUUAGCUCUUUGGUUAACUUUUUUUUUUUUAUCAGAAAGGGGUUUUCAUUCAUAAAAACUACUAGGCUCUAAAGAGAGCAUUGUCUGCCAUCAGCCUUGCUAGAGCUGAUUUGGCUAAGGAGUCUGCCAUUACAUUACAAGUAGGAGAAACAUGAGAGAAAGAUAAGUGAUUGAAGAGAGAGGCAAGGUUCCUGAGGUCAACCAGGAGACCCACAAUCUCAUUCAGAUCAGACCCUGAAAGGAGGGUGGAGAUGAGGACUAGGGAGUCCGAGAAUAAAUUGAGGGUGGUUAGUCCCAAAGCUGCUGCUGCUCGAAGAGCGUUCCUUACUGCCAAAGCCUCAGAAACUAGAGCUGAACCCACAUAAGAUCUUGAUGCUGAAUCUUUGCAUAAUAUAGCGUUGUUAGGUGCCUUGAUCUUGAGCGUUCCCUAAUCUUUGCAUAAUAUAGCGUUGUUAGUUAGCUCUUUGGUUAACUAGUUAUCUAUAUUUUCACAGAAAUUAAAAACAGUUGUAUUUGUGGCUAGUUAUCAAACCAUUUACAAUUUUAACUAGAACUGUAGAUUUACUUUACUCACUGUAAAAUCUAGGGAUGGGUAUUCUGGUAUCCAUUCGGAUUCGGUUCGGGUCUAUACAUGUUUCGUUCGGGUUUUUGGGGUCCAAAAUUUCAUCCCCAUUCGGAUAUUUCUAAAUUUCGGAAAGGUUCGGUUCGGUUCGGAUUCUGAUAACCCAUUUAAAUGAUUUUUAAAAUUUUAAAAUUCAUUAUAUACUUUAAAUUUUCAAAUUCUUUUUUUUUUUUUUUUUUUGACAACAAGACAUUCACAGACUCAACUUGACUCUGUAAACCAAACCGGCAACUCUGCAUCCAUGUGAACGACGAAAGACGGUUGUUUUCUAGCACUGCGUGCUAAGCUAUCCGCCCUUUUAUUCUCCGUCCAAGGUACAUGAACGAUCUCUGAGUUGUAAAAACUCCUUUGUAGGACUAUUAUAUCUUUCAGAUAACUUUCAAAUGCUGGCCAUUCUUCUGGUUCCGAAACCAUCUUCACCAAUUUAAAUUUUCAAAUUCAUUAUAUACUUUAAAUUUCUCAAAAUCUAUAGAUAAAUAUUUAUUUUUUUUAAAACUCAAUUAAGAAAAAAAUGCAGAUAGUAAAACUUACCUUUGAUUCUUUUGUGCUUAAACUUUCUAUUUCUCUACAAUGUUUUAUUAAGCAUCAACGAAACUGAGUAAAUCUAAAUAAAAUUUGGAAAAUUGUUUAAUAGGGGACAUGGCAUACUCUGCAAACAAUACCAACAGGUUCAACAUUGAAAUCAUCCAGCUCAUCCUCCUGAAUUUUCUUGCCCAUUCUUGCAUCUGUGGUGGAAAGAAAAAACAAAACAUAGUUCAGAUACACUAAACACAUCAUAACUGAGAGAGAGAGGAAAACAACCUUUCAGGAAACUUUUCCAUCCCCAAAAUCUAAUAGGGAGCUCAGGAGUAUCUUUCAAUAUAUGAAGAAUGUUAUAUCCUCUCAUAUUUAUAGUAUGCAUCCGCAGAGUCAAGCGGCUAAUGUUUUGGGGAUCGGAUAUGAACACCACUGAAGCCGGGGGUAGAUUCCACAGUUUCCAACCAAACAGUUCCACCGCAAUGAAUGAUGCUACACCUCCUUCAGAAUAAGAAGAUUCAAUGAAUGGGUCGUGUUUCAGAACUAUUCCAGUGGAAGAGUAGGCUUGCAGGACUUCAUCAGUUUAGGUUGCCAAGGGAAGUGAUGGUGAGAGGACCACUGUAGCAUGUCUUCUUUAACUUUGAUUCUAUAGUCUUACGGACAAGACGAGGAUCAUAACCUUCGGGAACCGGACAGCUGGUGAUGUCCCACCAUACCGAUAUUUUAGAUGCUAGGAGCUCAACAGGUGCCGCCUCGUACUUUUCCAUCCUUGUUAACAUUAAAAAUGUCAAAACCAGAAUAAAUUCAAAAGAAUCAGAAAUGUUUUACAAUCAAAACAUCAAGAGAGAUGUUGAAAUCACUGACCUAGUCUGAAACGCCGAAAAGAGUACUUUUCUAAAGAAAGAACAAUAGGGUUUCUUUUAAAGGAACAUGCACCUUGCAGAGAAAGCAAAAAGUUCCUUGCAGUGAAAGCAAAGGGUUUCUUCUCAAGUAUAUAUAAACUCAAGAUGGGACUGUCUAAUGGGCUUUGUGGUAUGUCCUAUGCGCAGCUCGAGAAGAUCUACCGCAGCAACUUUUCUACAGAGAACAAAGAUUUUAGGGUUUCUUCUCAAAUACUAUAUAUCAACUCAAGAUGGGCUUUGCACUAUGACAGCAACUCAAGGUCUCUUGUCCAAAGUGUCAAGUACAUAAAGCUUACUGGUUUUCAUAACUUGUAUUCAGAAAAGCCAAAACUCUAAACUUCUCACCAUUGGAUCAGAACAAGGACAUCUAAGCUUGUACUUAUUCGUUCACUGUCUUACAGGAUUUGCUCCUUCAAUUGACUGAUACGUCACUAUCGGUUAACUUACAUGUUUGUCUGGUUGACAUUGAAGAACCCUUGGUUGCAGUUAGCACUGUAGUAUUUUUUUUUUUUGAGAAUAGCACUGUAGUCUUUUUCAUUCAAAACAAGGAUGUUCUAUGAUAUAUGACCAAAAUCUUUAUGUAUUUGUAUCCAUCACCAAAAUCUUUGUGUGUUUUCUGUUUAAAUAAUAUAUACAGUUAAGCUUCAUUGGUGAUAGUUGAAAAUUUGAAUAAUAAAAAUAUUAUUUUUUAUUUUUUUUUUCACUGAAAUUAAAGAGAAAUAUUUUAUCGUAAAUUUCUUUAUACAAAAAGGAAAAAGAAGAGGAAUGGAGUGGAGUGGAGUGGGGAAAACAUUAUAUUAACUAUCUCUAUAAUAUUAAUUGAGAAGUCAGUUUUCUAUGUGUCGUUCUCACAUUAACGCUCACGAUGGUUGAUUAUACUGAUACCUUUAAUGAAUUAAAAUAUUAAAUAUUAUUUUUUAUUUAGAUUCCUUUUAAAAAAAUUUCCAAAAAUAUAAUAAAAAGGAUAUUUUUAAUAAAGUUAAAAAAUGAAUUGAAACACGAAAAUAUAUGUAUAUAUAAUAUGAUUUCAUAUAAAAAAAAGUUCACAAAAUAGUAAUAUCACAUUUAAAAAAUAUUUUUAAAUAA